GACCAGGAGGACCCAGAGCCCCCACACAUUAAAGAGGAAGAGGAGGAACUGUGGAGCAGUCAGGAGGGAGAGCAGCUUCAAGGGCUGGAGGAGGCUGAUAUCACCAAGUUCACAUUCACUCCUGUCCCUGUGAAGAGUGAAGAUGAUGAAGAGAAACCUCAGUCUGAGGGACACCACUGUGGAGGACCAGGACCAGGACCACCACCAGGACCAGACAGGAACUCACAUCCAGAUUCUGAGGACAAGACUUCGGACUCCUCUGAAGCUGAGACUGAAACAGACUGGAGGGACAGGAAACCGUUUCGCUGCUCUAUUUGUGCUAAAACAUUUAAACACAGGGGGAACCUGAACAUGCACAUGAGAACUCACACGGGAGUGAAACCGUUCAGCUGCUCCUUGUGCGGUAAAAGGUUCACUCAGAAACCGGGUCUGGACUACCAUCUGAAAACCCAUACAGGAGAGAAACCUUUCAGCUGCUCUAUCUGCGGUAAGACGUUCCGACACAAAGGAGCCGUGACGUACCACAUGGCGACCCACACAGGAGUGAAACCGUUCAGCUGCGGCGUCUGCGGCAAAAGAUUCCGGCGGACUUCGCAGCUCAAAGCCCACAGGUGCGUCGGUGAAUAUUCGCGCCUUCGCAGAUGUGAUGAACACAAGACACCAUUGAACUGCUCUGAGUGCAACGCCACAUUCCCCAACAACUACCUCCUGGUGAUGCACAUGCGGAUGCACAAAGGGAAGAAGCUGUUCACCUGCUCCGUCUGCGGACAGAAACGGCAGUUCAGUUCACAUCUGGAGAUCCACAUGAGAACCCACACAGGAGAGAAACCCUUCAGCUGCUCUGUGUGCGGUAAGACAUUCUCGCAAAGAGGGAUCAUGUCGCAGCACAUGGCGGUCCACUCGGGCGUGAAGCCGUUCAGCUGCGGUGUUUGCAGCAGGAGGUUCUUUUGGCAUUUCCAGAUCAAGAAACACAAGUGUCUCGGCGAGUCCUUGCUGCGAAGGAGAGCCGGCAUUAAUGGAGAGGACUGUAGAGAACCAGAACCAGCCUGCUCAGAUCCACAACCAGAUACUGAUAAAGAUACCAGACCAUCUCCAAAAACUGAUGACAAUGUUGACAUUGAGUUUUGGAAAGAGACCCGGCAGCAUCAGUCAGGGUUUACUUACGGAAGGACUAAAAAAGUCUCUGUAAAUGAUGGCUGCUCUGAUAACAAGGCUGAAAAUAAACUUGGUGAGGUCGGCAGUGAUUUUUGCAGACCGCCUCAGAACUAUAUGAAAACUGAGGGCAAAACUGUGACUCAAACAGGAAGUAAUAAUACCUAUGAGAAAUCAUUCAGCUGCUCUGAUAACAGAACUGAAACUAAACCAGGCAUUGUCAGCAGUAAUUUUUGCGGUCAGCCUCAGAACAACGUGAAAACUGAUGUCUCUGUGGGUGAAACGGUUAGUAAUAAUACAGACAAGAAACUGUUUGGCUCCUUGGAGUCUCAUGAACGAUCUGAGGACAGUCACACUCUGCCAACCAACAGGAAACCGUUAAGUUGCUUAAGUUGCGGCAAAGGCUUUGCGUCUGGAGGACAUCUGACGAGACACAUAUCCGUCCACACGGGAGAGAAGCUACUCAGUUGUGUCAUAUGUGAGAAAAGAUUCACCCUGGAGUCGCAGCUCCUGAGCCACCAGUGCGCUGCUGACUCCCCUCAACCUCAUGCUGCCAACAGAUUACUGAUCAGCUCCCAGUGCGGAAAAGGGUCAAACCGUAAGCACAAUCUCCAGGUUCCCAUGAGGAUCCACACGGGUCUGAAACCGUUCGGUUGCUCAGUUUGUGGCAGGACGUUCGCCAAGCGUGAAAACUUGCGUUCUCACAUGAUGUGCCACAGGGGAGACAAACCGUUCUGCUGUUCGGUGUGCAACGCUGGCUUCAUCGACAGCGAGGCUUUAGUCCAGCACAUGAGGAUCCACACCAGACAGACACAGUUCACUUGCCUGGUGUGUGGUAAAGAAUUUGCAUGGAGACGAUACCUGACGAAGCACAUGGAGGUCCAUACAAAGGAGAGAAUCUACAGCUGCAGGUACUGCGACCAAAACUUCCUUUGGCAUCAUCAGCUGAAGUACCAUCGAUGUGCCGCUCAGUCAUCCACAGACCGUUAUCAGGGUCAAGCUGAUGGAGAGGACUGUGGAGGACCAGAACCAGCCAGGAACUCAGAUCCAGAUUUACGACCAGAUACUGAUGAUAUGCCCGAAGACUCCUCCGAGACCGAGACGGAUGACAGCGAUUGUUGGAACGAGAACAGCGGAUGUCUGAAACCACAAGUCUUGCAGAGUCAUGAAAUUUUUAACAAACGCCGGCCGAAGAUUUGUAGCAGAAAUCCCGAAGCAGGGAAACCGUUUUCAGGAAGUCUGAGCCAAAACAUGGUAGCUUGUACAGGCAAGACGGGGAUGCUGGAGAACCAAGAGCCGCAACACAUUAAAGAGGAGCAGGAGGAACUCUUGGAGGGAGGACACCUUUAUGGUUUGGAGGAGGCUAAUGUCACCAAGUUCUUGCCCACUUCUGUCCCCGUGAAGAUUGAGGAUGAUGAGGAGAAACCUCAGUCUUCACAGCUUCAUCAAACACAAGCUGAUGGAGAGGACUGUGGAAGACCAGAACCUGCCGAGAACUCAGAUACUGACGAUAGCGUCAAUAGCGACUUUUGGAAGGAGACCAGAAAAGGUCCAUCAGGUGCAAAGUUGUCAAAGGUCAGGGCCGAAUCCGAGAGCGACGGCAGUGUCGACAGCGUUGACAGCGACUUCUGGAAAGAUGACAUGAAACCUCAGCCUGGUUCGAACUCUCCAAAUGACAGCGAGAUUCCCCAAAGUGACCCAGGUUAUAAUGCUCUGAGGAGAGCGCACAGCUGCCCCGAGUGUGGGAAAAGAUUCCUCCACGACUGCAACUUGAAGAACCACAUGAAGUACCACACGGGAGAGAAGGCGUUCUUCUGUCCCGUUUGUGGUCUCAAAUGUCUCUACAGGUCCCACCUGGAGAUCCACAUGAGGACUCAUACCGGAGAGAAGCCUUUCCCCUGCCCAGUGUGUGGUAAAAAAUAUGCACAUAAGGCGAGUAUGCAGUCACACAUGGUCGUCCACACCGAGGAGACAAAGUACAGCUGUAGUGUGUGCGACAGAGGUUUUGCCUGGUAUACGGAGCUGAAAUACCAUCAGUGUGUUGGUGAGUCCUCGCAGGAAGAUUUGCAUCGGAGAGAAACCAUGUAGGACAGGGACAAAAUUUCGACUUUUGCAUGUUUGAACAUUAGAAUAUUUUGUGUUGACUCAUGUCACACGUAUGUGAAAUGAUGAAUGAACUUCCACCAGUACGUCCUUGGCGUCAUAGGUCCCCGGAGGAUCUCAAUGCUGAUUGGCUAUCGUGGAGCGAAUUGGUCACUCAAAUUUAGAUUUUUCUACUCACGCAGAUAAGCGCAUGACAAGAAAUCACGCUACUUGCUUCAGUCAUGCUGCUUCAUUUGCAUCAUUUGUGUCAGUCUAGUGUCCAUUGCACCACGGUCAUGAUUAGGCACAAAUUCAUGCCAGGUGACGCAGUGGUGACAACCCAAAUGAUGCAAAGUAAGCAGCGCACAUAACAACAUAAUUUUGUGUUCACACUAAACACGGUGCAAAUUUUCGCGUCACAUUACUUGCGUGAGUUUGAACGCUAGAACAUUAUGUUUUCAUUGAGCAAAAUUUAAUGAAAUGCUUGAUAAAUAACGGCAGUAUGUAAUGAUGUCUGUCAGCGUAUCUUCACAGAACAGUUCGUAUGAUAUCCUAUAGGGCUGUCAAAAUUGCUCAAAAAUGACGUUCGAA